CGAACAAUGACAAUUGUUAUGAGACCAACUUCUUUCCGAUGUCUUAUUGGUGACUUAGUGUGUUCGCUGCUGCCUUCUUCCACCAUCUCAGUCCGUGCGCAAAUUCAUCAUGAGCAAGGGCAACAAGUGUCUGCCAUUGUGUUGCCAACACACCAUACAUUGCACGCUGCUCCUCUAGAUUGCGCUCGAAAAUCAGUCAUACAAUGACGCCACCACACGGGAGUGAUGUUCCACCAGCGAAGCGGCGAAAGCUCGACAAGGCACCUGCAGGUGAGGCCGAGGGCUCAGACACUACAUCGACGAGCCUGAAGAGACCUGUCAGUCCUCCUACUUUAAGGCGUAGCCCAGCUACAUCUUCGUUACUCGUACAUACGCCAUCAUGGAGCUUCGAUGACGUACCUAAGCAAACAGCCACAUCUCCACCAACACAGCCGCCAACACAGUCGAAGCAGGGCACUCGCGUCGCUGCGAAUCCAGCUGCACAAGAGCAGGAGAGCGACAAGUCUGUUGAAAAUGUGGCGGGUGUCAUUGCAUCGCCAUUUCAGCUCACCAGGAUUCGCGAUCUUGCGCCCCAUCAGAAUGUUGACACAGUAGGGCUUGAGGAUAUCCUUGGGGAUCCUAUGAUUAGGGAGUGUUGGAACUUCAAUUUCCUAUUUGACAUCGAUUUCGUGAUGCAGCAGUUCGAUGAAGACGUCAGAGCCUCGAUCAAGGUCAAAAUCAUACAUGGCUUCUGGAGACGAGACGAUGAGCGGAGAAUUGCUCUCCUGGAAAAAGCAGAACGAUAUCCCAACAUGGAACUCAUGCACGCAUAUCUACCGGACCCCUUUGGUACACACCAUUCCAAAAUGAUCAUACUCUUUCGGCAUGACGACUGCGCUCAAGUUGUUGUUCAUACCGCCAACAUGAUAUCGCAAGACUGGACGAAUAUGACGCAGGCAGUAUGGCGUUCGCCUCUUCUAACGUUGAGAUCAACACCUACUCCGACUGCGGAACCCACUGCUAUCGGUAGCGGCAAUCGUUUCUAUCUCGAUCUUCGUCGCUACCUACUCAGCUACGAGAAGCGCCUACAAAGAUUGAUCGACCAGCUAGCCUUGUAUGAUUUUUCCGAGAUUCGAGCAGCUUUCCUGUGCAGUGUUCCAUCCCGACAGGUCGUGAGCAGGGCAGAACCUUCGUUGCAGACUUCAUUCGGCUGGCUAGGUUUACAGGAAAUCUUAAGCAACGUGCCAACCCAAGAUCGCAGGCAUCCGAAGAAGCCAGCACAUAUUGUGCUUCAAGUAUCAUCUAUCGCAACACUGGGAGCAGCACAAACAUGGCUCUCGAAUUUCCAAAGCGUACUCGCGCGCUCAAAAUCGCAAAAGAGCUUGACCCAAGCCAAGCCAAAGUUCAACAUCAUUUUCCCUACACCAGAAGAAGUGCGUACCUCACUCGACGGCUACGAGUCUGGAGGUUCCAUACACACGAAAAUCCAAUCCGCACAGCAGCAAAAGCAACUACAAUACCUCCACCCUCUCCUGUGCCACUGGAAGAGUCCAACGCCAGCCCGCACUUCCUCAGCAACAGCUAGCAAGGAAGCACAUCGCGGCCCGGCAGCGCCACACAUCAAGACGUACAUCCGCUUCAGCGACGAUUCGCACAGCCGUAUCGACUGGGCGCUCCUCACGAGUGCAAACCUCAGCAAGCAAGCCUGGGGCGACGUGGUCAACAAGCAGGGCGAGGUGCGGAUCCAAAGCUACGAGACGGGUGUCCUUGUCUGGCCCGAGUUGUUUGCCGUUGGCGAGUCGGAGUGCGACGUCAGCAUGGUGCCGGUGUUUGGGAAAGAUACGCCAGACGCCGGAGACGUUUCUGUGGAGCCGCUGCCGCGUGGAGACAGCGAGGACGUCGUAGGAGAUGAGGAUGAUGAGGAGACCGAGGACGAAGAGACUGUGAGCGAGGAACCAGAGCCGGUUCAAGACGACGAUGAGACAGAGGACGAGAGCGAGCCAGCGCAGUGCGCAGAGUCGGGGCAAAGCAAGGACUCAGACAAGGUUCAAGUGUCCGCACAUGCACCCUCCAAGAAGCGCAUCGUUGUCGGCUUACGCAUGCCAUACGACCUGCCCCUGAGCUCGUACAGUGCAGAAGAAGCUCCUUGGUGCGCGACACAGCAGUACACCGAGCGAGACUGGAAGGGGCGUGCAUGGGGUGGGUACCAGCCACACAAGCCGUGAACCCUCCCAGGACAGGACGUGUGCGAAUCGCAGG